UCCAUUUCCGGCGACAACUCCAUCGUCGUUGUAUUCCAAUAAUCUUCUCAACUCAAGCCACCUUCUGAUUUGGAUUCUUCUUCCUUCUCAAUUUUUUUCUGUGGAGGGCUUGACUUCCAGCUAACCCAGCGAGGUUGAUUCAGAAGAUCGAAGGUUUAAAUUGCUGAUUUCUGCAGGCACUUCCUAGUGAUCAUAAUGGUUGGUGCAUCCUCAGAUCCAAAUUCACUUAAAGAGUACCUUAAGAAAUACACAAGUAAUGAUGAUAAGGAUAAGAAGAAAAAGAAGAAGAGAAAAGCAAAGCCCAAUGCUGCUGGUGUCAUAGUGGUGGAUGAAGAUCCUGUGUGGCAAAAGCCUGUUAACGUUGAAGAUGAAGAAGAUUCAGCUGAUGAAGAGAAGCCUCUAGUUGACGAAGAUAUUGAUGUAAAACGCAUGAGAAGACUGGAGCAGGUGAGGUCCAAACGUCCUUUUGGAGUCAUUUCUGAGGAUGGAAGUGGCUGGGUUCCCUUAUCCACUAAUCCCAGUCUAACAAAAUCUGAAAACCAAGGUUCUGAUAUCUCCCCACCUCGGAAAAGGAUUCCUCGGAAUGAUACUCCAUCACCAGAACCUGCAGAACGAGCAGAUGCAGACUCUUCCCCUCCACGGAAGUCACGUCGUGUUUCAGGUGGGAGGACUGCUCGGCAUGAUACCCCUUCACCUGAGCAACAUGGUGAAGACACGGAUUUGUCCCCUCCUAGACGACAGCAAAGUGAUAAGCAUGCAUCGUCACCAGAACCUGGAAGAUCCUUGCAUCAUAAGGCGGCCAAUGAUUCAGAUAUAUCUCCACCUAGACGUGCUCGUCCGGACUCUAGGCAUCAAGACAAAGAUUUGUCCCCACCUCGACGACAACAAAGAGAUAAGCAAUCAUCAAUAUCUCCUCCUAGACGUGCUACAUCAGUUUCUGACCUUUCUCCUCCAAGGAGGAAGCCAAAGGAAUCAGAUAAUCCGAGAGCUGGUUUAUUUUCUGGUAAAGAUAUCAGAAAACAAAUCGAUAAAGAGAAGAAGGACAGUUGGUUAAGCUUUAAAAAGAUGGAUCCUUCAGUAAGCGGCCGAGAUGCAGAAGCGAUAUACCGCGACAAAACUGGGAAACGCAUGUCAAAGGAGGAAUAUCUGAAGUCCCAGAAGAAAGAAGAGAAACCAAAGGAAAUAAAACUAGAAUGGGGCAAAGGUUUGGCACAGAAGAGAGAGGCUGAAGCUAGACUUCAAGAAAUGGAAGCGGAGAAGGAUAAACCCUUUGCUCGGAGCAGGGAUGACCCUGAUUUUGAUGCAAUGCUCAAGGAUAGAGUUCGAUGGGGUGAUCCCAUGGCACAUUUGGCUAAGAAAAAGCAGUUGGAUGCACUCCUUCCGAACCUAGGUGAUAGUGAGAGGAUGAAAGAAUCUGGAUUCAUAAUACCCCAGGAGGUCCCAACUCAUAGCUGGAUAAGAAGAGGAAUCGAUGCAGCCCCUAACCGCUAUGGGAUCAAGCCUGGCCGACACUGGGAUGGUGUGGACCGCAGCACAGGGUAUGAGAAAGAGCUGUUUAAAAGAACGAACGACAAAAGGGCUACCGAGGCAGAGGCAUAUCUAUGGUCUGUUGCAGACAUGUAGAUUUGAGAAUCAUGGAUUAGUGCUUCUAAAUUACAUGUGUUAAUGAGUACUCCUUUUAAACAUAGCGGAAGAAUUGGUUGAUCUAUACUUGGACAGGGGUUAAAUUGUAAUUUCACGUGAUGUUGAUUAACUAUGUUACUUAACUUAUGAGCAUGGCUAAUUGAGAUCUAUUGAUGUUUA